AAAAAAGAUAAAGUCUAAACUAACUUCCGGUAAAGUUCCAAUGCAAAGAUUUGCAAGUGAAAAUUUAUAAUUUAAAGUUUAGGCUUUCUGCUCACUAUUUUAAUUGGUUUUGGGUUAAAUAAUUUCUGGAUCCACUUUUAUUUCAUUCUCGUGUAUUUGUACCCAGCUAUGUCCAGCCGUGCGGCCGAAGCACAACCAGUUGAAGACAUACAAGGAGAUGGGCGAUGGAUGAGUUUGGUAAGACAGCCAAGCCUAUUUAACUUUAAGACUUUACUAUUACUAUUUACUUUUACUAUUUACUGCUUAGACUUAGACUUACUUAACUUAGACUAAGCACUCCAGCACUGACAUGAAAAUGACUCUAAAUUAGUCUUAAUCUAGUCUCUUACCCUAGGCAGUCAAGCAGAAUGAGAGUAUUGAAUAAAAUUGCAGAGUAAUUGUCCAGUUUGGUUUAGGUGCUCAAAUUCAUAACAUUUAAUUUAAUAAAUGACUAUUAAGUAACGAAGUGGCUAUUCGGACCCAGGUAUCAAGUGAGAGGUUGGGUUUAUUAAAAAAUAUUUAAAACGAAGUGUCUACACAUCCGGCGCGCCGGACACAUAGUGCGGGAGAUAUAUGUCCCGCGGGCAUGUCACAUGACUGCCGGACAACUAGUAGGCGUUAUUAUUCCUGCAGGUCAUGUGACAAGUGUUCGCCAGCAAAAUAGUUGCAUUGCAUUUGAUAUUCUGAUCCCUAGAUAAUAAAUAAAUGUUGAACAUGUGAAUAUAUUCCAAUGCUCUGACUCUGAGUUAAAUAAAGUGUUUGACUUUGAAUCUUAAACUAGUAAGUCUAUAUACUAAGUAGUAGUACAAGUGCUUGUAAAGCUCCACCUUGAAGCCUAAAUUUAAAAUAUGAAAAAAUAAAAUAAGACCAGUAGUAGUAGACUUCAAUAGACCUAUGUCUAUGCCAAUAAAGUUGUAUUUCAGGAUUAGUAUUUAUUAUUGCAUGACAAGUAGGCUAGGCUACCACAAUAUUAGCCCUAUAUUAAGAUGUAGGGUAUAUUUCUUUGUGAACUAUCAGCCUCCCCGCCUUAAACUUAUUAUUUAUCACCCUCAGUAUUAAUUUUUUAGCAUCCGUAUUUUUUAUUACCGUUAUUCUCUCUCCCUCUUAGCAAUGUUUCCUUCUAGGAUGCAUUAUUGCUUAACCCCCACUUUGUUUGGUAAUAUACUCAAGUAUUUUUUUCUAUUAUUUGUUUGCAAGAUACUCUGUCAAUUACUUGGUAGAGAAAUAGAUUUUAAAAUUAACCAUAGUUUUGAAUCAUUUGCGGUCACGUGACAAGACUGACAGACGAAUAUCUCCCACCACUUUGUUACGGCGGUCAUGAGACUUGGUCGCCGGACGAAUAUCUCGAUAAAGUAUUCUUCCGACAGUCAUGUGACUUGGUCACCGGACAAAUAAUGCGGGAGAUAUACGUGCCGCGCGCCGGACGUGUAGACACUGCCUAUUUAAAAUAGUUUUUUUGGGUUUGUAAGACAAAAUUUGGUAUCAAAUGAAAGAUAAUUGAAUGGACUAUACUAUUUAUGUUUUUACACUUACUUCUUCAGUUUACUAAAAUAAACUACCACAAAUGACAUCCGAAUAGCAUUUAGUCUAAAGUAAAAGGACCCGGGUCCGAAUAGCUAUACUAGACAAAGUAUUCAAACUGAUGGCAUGAACUGCUCUAUGAAUAUUGCUAGCAUUUACUAAAAUCAAUUAGUGAAUGAACAGGAUUUCCUCAAAAGACCUAUAUUUGAUUAUUAAGAUGUAUGUAGCAUACAGUAUACACUUCUGGGAAAUUCAGGGCUAAGAUUGGGUUAUCACCAGACUUAGCGGUAAGGCUGGGAUGUCUUCCUUAAUAUAUGUCAUGGCAUUUCCCCAGUACAACUUCUGGCUAUAGUUCUGAAUUCAAAAUAUGGGAAAGGUGUAGUUAGCGGCAUGGAUUUUGCCAAGAGUUUUCUCACCCUUAGCACAAUGACAUCAUUUUAUGGAAUUCAAUCUGCCAACACUGGACUUAGGGUGAAGAGAUCAUUAGCUGGAUCUGUACUUCUUUUCUCAACCAAUGAAAAGACAAUGGUGGUAAUUUUGAGUAUCAGCAAGGAUGAGUUACUUUUUAAAUUUAUUUUGGACCUUGUAAGUUAAUAAAAAUGAAUAGAAAAUUUGAUUUCAUAUCAGCUUUAUGGAUUGUCAGAUUUAAGUUUAUGCCUCCAAUAAUGCUCCAUGAAGAACAGGAUAGUUAUUGUACACAUCAAUCAGUUUCAACUAUUGAUCUUCUCACCCUAAGCUGAAGUUGUGAUACCCCAAAGUGACAUCACUGCCUUUGGGGUGAGACACUCUUUGCAAAACUCAUGCUUCUAACCAAAUCUAUACGGAAUCUAGUAAUGAAUAGUAUUUCUAGGUCAAACUUUUCCUUCACCAACUUUUGUAAUAAGGAUUUGGAGGCUUUGACUUUGGUCUUUAUCAUGCUUUGAAUUGAUUUCUCAUUUAUUUUAGCAGGCUAAGAAGAAGGCCUACAUUUUAUUAAAAUUGUAGGUCUGAUAUGGUAAAUUAAAAUAUCUCUUCAACAACUUGAUAUUGAUAUAAAUGAAAUAAGCUUUUGGGAAUGGCUUGGAAAAAAGCCAAAAAUCGAGUGUCAUGCUUUUGACGACAAAAUGGUGAUCUUCAAGUUUUAAUUUUUCCAAGGGUAUUAUUGUUGUGGAUUUUUUGCCAGUUAUAGGCUUGCAAUUACUUUCUAUUUCCGCCUACAAAGUUAAGUAUUUAAGUAGACACUUAAGUUGUAAAAAAAUUGUGAAAAUUGAAUGUAAAAAAUGUUAAAUGUAGAAAUAUAUUCACAGAAUAUUCAACAAACAAAAAUUUGUUAUAAUCUCCAGGUACUCUCUUAGAAAAAACACAGGCACAAAAACACCAGAUUUUACAAUACAACAAUCAUAUUAACUGGUACUUACCUCUAGAAAAUAACUAGGACUUAAUUACUAUUGAAGUCAAAACUGUUUUAAAUAGAUUUAAGGGCUUGAAUUAAAACAGAAAGACUUUUAAAGAUAUCAAAAUGUUGUUUGACUUCAAAAGAAAAUGCUGAUAAGUUGAUUUUAUAAUUUAAACCAUGGGUGGCAAAUUCAAAUAGCUUUAGAGGCCAUUUCUGAUCGUGAGUCACAUCUUUGCGGGCAUCAUGUCCUUAAACCUAAGAAAGAAAAUAAAUACAAUUAAACGAUGUAAACUAUUAUUUAUUUAUUCUUUAAUGCACGUAAUUAUCUAUGAUAACACUCGUACCCCUUCACACAUAAAUAAAUGCAAUAGAUUUAUAUCAAAAUAUAGUUCUUUCAUUUAAUUAUGUUCAUUGCAAAUUGUUGAUAAAAAAGAUGGACUCCAUUGUCACUUUGAAUGACAAAAAAGUGGGUUGGGAAAGCAGAAAUUGAGUAUGCGCACAAAGACGUCUGAGCCAAUAGGGAGAAGGGACUUACACCCUCUCCCUGAAAUUUUGUUCUUAACGUCAAAAUAAGGGUAUGCAUAUUGGCACAUACCUGAAUUUAUUUUGCAUCAUUCUACACUUAAGAGGACAGCAACAGAAGAGAUGCUGUUGGAAAUUUAGGUUUCCUGUAACUAGCGGUGUCAUUAUAAAUCCUUAAAAUAUAGUAGUUACUAAAUAGUAAUGCUGUUUAAAAAUUUGAACUGAUUAUUGACAGUCCAAAAGUGCUUUUUAUUUCUUUCAAAUAUUCGUUUUUGCCAAGCAUGAAAAUAAUUACUAAUUAAAUGAAGAUCUACCAUGGUAAAAUUCAGCUCUCAUCAUGUGAGAAACACUUUUAAUUUUUUCUCUAAACAAAACUAUAACAACAGUGCUUUAUUUUAAUCAGUAGGCUAGUCCACAGACACGCCAAAUUUUAUCUUUGUUUCUUUAAAAUCUGAAAAAAUUAUCUCUUGGGUAACCGAAGGUCUGACAUUCUCACAACACAAAUAUUGAGUGCAUCAAUAUGGCAUAAAUAUAUUUAUUAAUUAUUAUAUUAAAUUAUAUACCUAAUUAUUGUACAUUUAUUUACAGCAUAACUCAUUUCUUCAUGAUGCUAAAGAGAAAGAACCAGAAGUUGUGCUCAUUGGUGAUUCUAUCAUAGCUCAAAUGACCCAAUCUAAGGCACGUUAGUGAUGUAUUUUUAUUGGUUGAUAGGCAAAAAAUAAUGAAAUAAUAAGUCCACAAUGACUUCUAUAGAUGGGUGGCUGGUUAGGGUUAGCACAGUCAGUUAAAAACUGGGUGAGUUAUUAAGGAUGUUAAUGUUGUGAGGUUCAAAGCCCAGUAACAUCCCAUGUGCACACCAGAUGACUCCCUCAACAGGACACCACCACAUAAGAACACUCACACCCGUGAAAAUUUUUAAAUUACAGUUAAGGAAUAAUAUCAGUGGCUUAAGUCGAGGCUCUUAUGCCCCCUCCCCCAGGAACCCCUAUUUGUGAACCCUCUCCGUGGAACAAAGCGGCACUUUUGGGAUGUUUUGCCCUAAUGGCAAACCACCUGUACACCCAUGGAACACCUGGAGUAGUUUCCUUUAAAUUUGACCUUUCUUAGUAAGGAGUGGAUUUCCUACUGACCUGCCCUGCCACCAUUGGGACAAAAUUUGAUCCUAUGUUUCUGGCUGACGCACACAGUGGGGAUAACCUGUGAAAUAUCAGGAUCACUAAUUGUGCCACAUGAAAAUAUGAAGUAAUCUGAAUGACCAUCUUUUUAAAAAACAUUGUACAAAGCGAAAAUGCAAUAAUAAACAAUGCGCUCAAAAAAAUAAUAAAAUAGAAACGGGAAAAAAACAACUAUUGUAAAAUAAAUAAUUUUUGAGAAAAGUAUUUUUAUGUGUUUCUAUGUGCCAUCCUAUUUUUCUUUUAAUUGAAGAGAAAAAAUGUGUUAAUUGACAUUUGAAUAUUUUUAAAAAUAGUUAUGGGAACAGAUGUUUGAGCCACUUCAUUGUCUCAACUUUGGGAUAGGAGGGGACAGAACUCAACAUGUUCUCUGGAGGAUACAUAAUGGAGAGCUAGAUAAGAUUGAGCCAAAGGUAAGCUACUUUAUAAUAGUUUAGAUUAGGCUCACGUUAAAAUCCUAAUAAUAAUAGACUCAUUUCAAAGAGGUGACAAGAAUAAAUAUCAAAAGGAGCCGAUGAUGAUGUGCUACGCACAGAUUCUUUAAAACGAUGAUAGUGAUUAUCUAUUAUUUUACUGAAAUGGAAUCAAUUUAAAUAUUAUAAAAUAAAUAUGCUUUUAUUACUUUUAUGAAAGAACAAGAAAUCUAUCUUUAAUAUGUAUUAUUAUAAAUAAAUGGAAUAUAAUAAUUAUUUUCUUUGUUGUUUUGGGGCGUAAAAAAGAGGGUUGGGUGGACCUAUAUUAUAUAGAGAAUAAACUUUUCUCAAAACCCAAUGAUUUUACAAAUGUAAACAUCUAUACAUAGAUUUACUGAUUUACUAUUCCUUAAAACUUAAUAUAAAUUUCAAGGGCAUGGAAAAUUUUUGUACUUUUUUUUUUAUGGGGAUACAUAAUCUCAAAAUUGGAUGCAGUUAAACACAUAGCAAUUAGUAGUUUUUGAGUCUUCCCAGUAGCAAGUAGAGCCAUAUGCCUUCCAUUUUUAGCUGGGUAAGACCGUGUCAGAUCUUCUAGUACUGUUGUCAAAAAAACUAGAUCACGCCAACAAUUUAAAAUGUGUCAAGCAAUGCUUUUAAAAAAAAUUUUGACACAUCUUUGCUUUGUCAUUUUUUUAAGACAGAGCAUAAUCACUAGCUUCUGUGAGGCUAAUAUUAGUCAAGUCAAGUCAUAAUUGGUAUCCUUUUGUAGUUUGAAACUUGUGCAACAAACCUUUAAUGACAACAGUUAGCCUCACAUUUUUCAGAAUGAUGACUUUAAAAAAAGUUAAUUAAGAAUGCCGCAAGUGUAUAAAAAUUAAUAUUUUAUUACAUAGUAGGGCCGCACUUUGUUAGUCUCCCAAAGAUAUUAUAUGGGGUGUCACUAUGCCUAAUUUUUUAGAUAGGAAAAAAUAUGGUGUAGUGGAGAUUAAUUAGGUUGACAGAAAGUGAAAUACCACAAAAAUGGAAAAAUGUAUUUAUUAUUUUUGAAAAUUUAUCAGUACUGGGUAAUAUUUAAAAAAGAAAAUAGUUCCAUGAACAAAUGAUGUGAAGAGAAAAGAAUCUUCACAAAAAAAAAGUGUAUUUGAAAAGUAUCAUAAAAUGUGUUGAUACAGAAAAUGAUGGUGGACAAUAUUUUCAGGUCAUUGUGCUACAUGUGGGAACCAACAAUUUUGAUGACACUGCUGAGCAGGUUACAGAGGGCAUCUUAGCUAAUGUUAAAUCAAUCAGAGAGAAACAGCCAUCUUCACACCUGGUUGUAGUGGUGAGUUUGUUUUCUAUGUCCCAGUGUUAAUCAGAGCUGACUUUCAUGAAUUAUUUUUCAAACUAUGGAUGGGUAACUGAUGAAAAUGGUAUGCUACAAUUACACAGGCUUGUGGUCUGAAAAAGAUAAUUGAGUGGGGAAAUGAUGUUUUAAGGAUUUUUAUAUGUAAUACUGAAUCCAUCCAAAAUUACAAGAAAAAAAAGUCUACAGAGAAACACCAGUUCAUACCAUUUUGUAAAAGUUAUAUUAACUUGAAAAUUUGUUACAAUGAUUUUUAUACUUUCUAGUUUAGUUUCUCCUAAUGUUAUUUCAGGGCCUACUCCCUAGAGGGGAAAAGCCAAAUGCACUGAGACAGAAACACAAAGAAAUUAAUGAGCGUCUUGCAGAUGAACUGCAAGGUGCUCCUCUCACAAGUUUUCUAAGAAUAGAUGAUAAAGAAUUCAUGUCAAGCGAAGGUGUCAUCCGUCGCAGCGCCAUGUAUGACUUCCUGCAUCUGACAACAGAUAUCGGCUAUCAGAAACUAUGCGAGCCUUUGCUAGAGGAGAUACAGAAUCUUCUAGGGACAUUUAUCAAAGUUGAGAGCACCUCUGUGGAGACAGCCUCUCUGGCUGGGGAUCUCGACCACGCCCCUGGGAACUAGUCAGUGUUCCUCACAAGUAUGAACAUUAUUAUUUGAAUUAUUUACACUUCAGCCUCAAUAAUUUGUCCCCAAGUCAUAUGAUUGGUAACUGUGUCACUAGAUUCUCUGUCAUCUGCAAAUGUUCCUGAUGUCUAUCAAGUUUCUUAAGUUUAAUGAAUUCUUUAAAUGCAAAUUUUAAAUGUCUUUGUGUCCUCAAUGGCCAAGUAUAUGUUUUAGAUAGCCAAAUACAUGAUUCAAACUUUUAGCGUUUAAUUGAACAGAUUAAAAGUUGAGUAAACACUAGUAUUGAAUGAGAAAUAAGAACUUGAACGGUUUUUUCAAUCAAAGUCUUAAGAGCAUACUUGGCAGAAAAGUUUAGGCAAAUAAAAGACAUUAUUGAUUAAAUUUGCCAGAUGUGCUGUUGUUGAUUAACAACUGAUUAAAUAAUUAACACCAAAAUGAGGAUAAGUGAAACAUUUCAUAAUAAAUAUUUCUUCAUCCCCAAGUUGUGAUAAAAUUUACAGCACUGGUGGUGUUCCCACAUAUUUUUUGGCUUUAUUAUUUCAAAACCAAAAGCUUCAAAUGAUUAAAUGGCUUUUCAUGUUGUUUACCAUUUGCCUUUCAAAUGAUAUUUGCAUUGUGUCAUGCCAGGGGAUAAAAAGCUUUUGAUAUUAGUCCUAAAACUAAUGUUUGUUGCUUUUUAAAUUGGAAUUUUGCCAUAGGAAUGUUUUGACUAAAAAAUUUAGAUUAAGAAAUACUAUUUUUGAAUUGAUGUUCUGAUGAAACAUUAGGUUAAAUCUGGCUUUUAUAUAGCCAAUCUUAAAUUAAUGGUGUGAAGUGAUAUUUAAAAAUUAGUGAUAUAAAGGUAGCUUUCACAUUUUAAAUUUAAUCAGUAAAAUUGUGUUGACUCUGAUCUAGAGUUGUUUCUAAAUUGAAGAAAACUUAAAUUGGGUGACAUACUGUUUUAAAAAUCUUUUGGGAUGAUGUUGUUAAGAUUUUAUUACCCGUAUUUAAAAUAAAUGAUACUCAGACAUAUUUAUAUUAGAGCAUGGCCUUUGAAGUUUUAAAACCGAAAUCUUCGCUUACUUGGUAAAGAAUUUCUCAUGCUCAUCAAAAUGAUUUCCUUGAAUAACCCAAUCACAAUGAUGAGGAUAAUUACUGAUAUUAGAAUAAAAAUACAAGUAUUUUUAUACAUACUCGAGCACAUUCUGUUGUAUUUUGUAUUAAUUAGAUGAAUCAGUGUUAUUUAAGCUCACAAGGAUCUGUUUGCCUGCUGCUUAUAAAAUAAUUUACCCACUCUUUACCCUGAUAAAUUAUAAGUGUGUUCUUAUCAUUGUCUAUUUUCAAAUCAGUGUGAUAUUUGCUUGUAAUGUCAGCGGGGAGGACUGUGAAAUUUGUUUUUAAAAAACGCUUGAGAACCAAAAAUAGGAUGAUGUCUUAUUAUUAAUUGUUUAGGAGUGACCAUUACAAUUGUUUUAGUCUAUAGAGUGUGGCUGACAGUCUGAGCUAAAAUGAAUGCUGGUAUGCGAUAAAUGAAAGUUGCACAAAUUUGACUUGGGUCAAAUACGGAAUUAAUUUUUAAAGUAUUAUAAUUCACUUUUUUUUGCUGAAUAGUUAAUAGUCACACAAAGACUGCAAUGUCAGCAAGUGUGCUUUUCAUGUGUAUUAAAUAAUAACCAUAUUAAGUAUCACCAACAAUAAAGGGCUUUAGUCAUUAUGUCUGUGACUAGUGUACCAAUAUUGCACAAUGGCAUGACUAAAUUGAUUGUGUUGGCACUUUCUACAACUUUGAAGCUGGUGAUGUUUUCUUUAUUAUUUAAGUGCACCAAUAUUUAGAGCUGAAAUCAGUAAGAACUGUAUAUUUGUAUUUGUUUUUUACAAAAUUUAUUAUUUCCUCCGGCUGGAAACUUCCAAAUUGAGAAAAUGAACCUUUAAAAAAAAAAAUUAAAAUUUGGGAUCAGACAUGCACCUGGGAAAGUGUCUUAGUGAAUGUCUGUCGAAAUACCCUGGAAUUAUCCAUGCCUCAUCACUCGCUUUGCAAAAAAAAGAUAUAUACUGUGCUUGCUUCAGGCACUUGUGACAUUAAAUCACAUUUUAAGACAUAGUGCCACAAACGAAAUUUUGAGGCAAUAAAAGGAAAUUCUACCUCUAUUAGUCCUUAAUCCUUUUUUUUCCCAGCCAUAUCAUGAAGAUAAAAUCUAUUGGAUGCUGUUAAAAGGGGUGAGAUCUUAUUUGAAAAUUUCAUUACAAUCACAUCUAAAUGAAUCUUGUUGUUUGGGUUUUCCAUCUGUUCCUCAAAUUAUCUAGAAGGCAAAGUUAGCAUGCAUUCAAAAUAAUGAUAAUUAAAUUAAAAAGUUAUGACUUAAACUUUUUUUGACUUUUCAUUUUUUUUCUGUACAGUUUUUCAUGCUCUUGUACAGUUUUCUGGGACUUUUUGUACAGUUUUUAUCCGACAGGUUGGCAUGUUUGCAUUGUUUCAACUAAGCAGAUGCCAACGACUCUACAUUUAAAUUUAUCAGAGUAAAUUCGACUAAAAUUUUUCUCUUUUUGGAUUUUUAAAAAUAUAACCAGUUGAGGAUGAAUAGUUUUUCAAACAAUGUUUUACAUUUCAACUUUAUAAUAUAGAUUUGACGAAAAAAAAUUUAAAAACUAAGUGAAUAGAAUAGUGAUUUGUUCUUUUACUAAGAUAUUAUUAUUAUCUAUUAGAAAUAACCUUCCAAACAAAUGUGACGGCAAAGCAGGAACUUCCCAGUUACUUGACAAAACGUGCAAAUAACCAACGCACUUAAAUGAAUUCCAUUUAGUGCUAACUUCUGUGAAUUUGAUUUUGUGCGUUUAUUGAUAGCAGCGUCACAGCCAUACAUACAUACCUAGAGAAUUAUUCUUUGUCAUGUCCAGGAUCAUUUAUGUGUCAAGUCCAUAUCUGGGGGACAUCAUUGUCUUUGUGAGGAGAAAAAUAAUGUGGUAAAAAGCUACAUUGUAUUUUGUUAUUGUUGAAAAACCCAUUCUUCUAAAUCUGUAAUCUGUUGCAAGAUCUAAGCUGCGUAAAUGUUCAUGACUUGUUCAAGCUCCUCAUUGGCCAGCAAGAAUCAGUCUAAAUCUCCAGGAGCUGUACUAGAACAUGAUUUCUAAAUUGUUAGAUAAUACAUUUUUUGGUCAAAAACAGUACGAUAACAAAUUUAUUUUAAAAGCUAUAUGAUUAAAUAAAAAUGAGAUAAGCCUUUGAACAUUUAGAAAUUACACAUCUCAGAAUGACAUCAUUAUCCCAAUCCAGGUAUUGCAGUCCAUUUUCAGUGCUUCAUCUAUGCCUUAAAUUUACAGGUUUUUAUUUACAUGAGUUUCAUUCCUUUUGUUUUUAUAUCUGAACUUGUUUUUAUCUAAUCGAACUGCAAACUUGGGAAAAGAAAUGGC